CCAGCCGGAGGAGGUUGAGCAGGAGUGUUCCAUCCCGCUAAACCCAGUCUGGUUUAGCAGUGCCGUGAUGGAUGCGAUGGAUGCAGUUGUUCCAUCACAUCUGUCCAGCCCUGUGAAGAGCAGUGAUGCAAAAUGCACUAAGACAUCAGUUUUGCGACAUCGGUCGAGAGCAGCUGCUUCUAAACCGAGACGACUUCCUAAGCAGCAGGCGGAGGUCACACCAACCGUUGGGUCUCCACAGCCAUUGCCUGCCGGUGUUGUGGAAGUGGUCGAGGAGGGGGGACUUCCUGCGCAGCGCACGCCGAGACCCGUCAAAGGUGAGAUCGCUGCUGAUGAGACGUGCGUUUCCUCUGUUUCAUUGCCUUUGCCUAUUGUUACCGGUCGUGAUGUCAGAUGUGAAUCGGUGGCGUCUGAAGUACAGGCGUCAAUGGCAUGUAGUGUUGUGGCUGCAAUCAAACACGCGAUGGCUCUGGUGUGUACAUGGCAAAAGGCGGAUAUCGGAACGAUAUGUGCAGAGGGGAAGAAAUUGGUGGCAUUUGUAGCAGAGGACAUCGGGAAGAGCAAUUCACAAUGUGUUAUGCAGCUCAAUGUGUUUGGCAGGGAGUGGAGCGUAGAAGUGGGUCGGCCAAUGUACACAGGCGUGGAUUUCUUGGAAGACGACAGUGAAGUGUACGAGAAGAUGCAGGAACAUCUGUUGUGGGGUGGAAUGUGUCUGGCGUGCCUUCAAGGGUCCAUUUGUGCCAUUAUUGAUCAUGGGGAAUAUUAUGCGUUUGUUGAUAGUGGCACACGUAGCGCAUCAGGGUUAGCAGCAGGCAUUGGCUCGCCUGUGGCUGUGUUUAACACAUGCCUCAAUGACCUGAUGCUUCACAUCAGGAAUUUGAAGAAGUCGUUGAAUGUCAAUUGGAUUGGCAUUGGUUACAUGUCUGUGAAGGAGAUGGCUGAUGGUGCUUCAAAGGAGGCCGCAGAAGAACAAGGUGGCAGAGUAACAGUUGAGAGUUGUAAUUUGGAAUCUGUGCAAGUUACAGCUGAGACUAGUGGUUGUCAGAAAGUUGGGAAGUCCCUGCAAGAAAGCGUAAGAUCUCAAUGCGCAAUGGUAAAGAGGCAAAGAGAUUGAGAAGAGAUGAUGUUCCUGAAAUGGGUUCAGAUGUGGAAUUUGUUUGUGAUGGAAAGGGUAAAGACCAUAACUAUAAUCCAGUUUGUGAAAAUGUGUCUCGAGCUUUGUGCACACAGUUAAAUGUGGAGUUUGAGAAAUCACAUGUACCAGUCUCUGCGCGUGUUGGUUUGUUAGGUGUACCGUGCAAAAAUGAGAGCAUAGUGGCUGACGGUAACUGUUUCUUUCGUGCCAUCUCUCAAUCUGUGAGUGGAAAACAAACUGAUCAUAGAAAAAUAAGACUAGCUGUUGUCAAGCAUCUAGAAAAUAAUGCUGUCAAGUAUGAAAACAUUUUGAGAAGUGAGUAUUGUUCAAUGGCAGAUUACAUUAGCAAAUCAAAAAUGCGUUAUGUGCACAGCUGGGCUACAGAGAUGGAAAUACAAGCCACUGCUGAUUAUUGAGGAAUCAAUGUUUUCACAUUUCAUGAUGGUCGUUGGCUUAAAUACAGUUGCAACAGUGAGCUAUUGUCACAACACGGCAUUUAUUUAGAAAAUCGCUGUGGAAAUCACUAUGAGACUGUGGUUUGUGUUCAUGAGCCAGAACUGCAGAGUUGUUAUGGCAAUUGUGAAAUUGGUACACAUAAAGUCAAAGGGUACAGUACUAGAUGUCACCUUGAAGAACAGUUGGUUCAGCAUCAGAGUGAAGUAAAAAGCAUAGCGAAUGAUGCAUGUUGUGCAGCUGCAAAACAAUUAGCUACUGAUGUAGAAAUUGUGGAUAAUUUUGUCGUUGAACUUGUAGAGGAUUUUGAUGUUGUGGAUGAUGCAAGUAAAAGCACAUUCCAAUUUAGCCCUCUAUCGAAUGUAGUUGCACAGACAUUAUGCAGUGAAUUCAAUUUGGAAUUUGAAAGACAGAUUGAAAAAGUGCACAAAAAAUAUGGGUCUUUAGGUAGAGUGUGUAAGACCAAUAAAAUCGUAGAGGAUGGUAAUAGCUUUUUUAGAGCAGUAUCUAUAUAUCUUGUAGUAUGUGGCUCAGAAAAGUAAUCUUAAAAUUAGACGCACUGUUGUAAAGUAUAUGGAGAGUCACAGUCAAAGACACAUGGAGUUAGUGGGAAAAGAAUAUGCUUCAAUGACAGAGUAUAUUGAGAAGUCCCAAAUGCAGAAAGUUGGAUAUUGUGCUAUAGAUGUAGAAGUUCAUGCUACAGCAAAUGCUUUGGGAGUGGAUAUAUUUGCAUACAGCGGUGAGAAAUGGCUUAAAUACAGUUGCACAAGUAGCAUGUUGACGGAUGAGGGCAUAUACCUGAAGUGUUGUGAGGAUAAUCAUUUUGAGCCAGUUGUUUGUGUUCAGCAUGUUGAUGAAGAUUUCUGCUUUGAUUUGUGCAAGGAGGAUCAUUUGUCUGAGGCACUGUAUAAGUGCACAAGGAAAUCAAAAGAACAGGAAGCGAGAAAUGCAACUGUUUGUAGUUCAAAUAGUAAGAAUUGUCCUUCAAAGUAUUUGGGACGGAAAAGAAUUGUCCAAAAACUCUUUAGUUGUUACUAAAUGUUUACACAUGCUAACUGCCAGGUGUAACUGUUGUGUAGCAAAGAGAACCAACUGACAAAACUAAUUUUAGCUUGCUGAUAUGUGUAACAACAUAAAGAAUGGGAUUAAUGCUGUUAAUUAUUGCUUUUAAAUGUUUUUUAAAAAAAAUCUACUUUUUAACCAGUUUUAUGCUUCACUUUUAGGUCACUUUUUUAGAUUUUGGUUGUUUUUACUACAGUUCUUAAAACCAGCAAAUGGAUUUUACUCAUUGAUUGUUGGUUUGAACUUGUUGUUCAUGUAAUGUUGCUUUAGCUGGGGCUCGUACUUCGCCCUAUGGGCCUAUGCGCGCAGCCCGGUGGCGAUUUAAAAACACUCCCCCCUGGUGGACCGAGUAUGCAACAGUAUAACAGUUUUGAACCUAU